AUGAAGUUCGUAUAUGUGCUGCCGGGGUGGGAGGGCUCUGCAGGAGAUGCUCAGGUCCUCCGCGAUGCUGUGAAUCACCCCAAUGGAUUGAAGGUUCCUCGAGGUGUCCGCUAUCAUCUACAAGAAUGGGGGCCCGCUACUGAGGCCCCUCAAAGUCCACGCGAAAUUUUCAAUAUGAGACACACGCGUGCACGAAAUGUCAUUGAACGUGCAUUCGCAGUACUUAAAAUGCAUUGGGGAAUCUCGAGGAAUGCGGCCUUUUACCCGGUGAAGGUGCAAGUCCGACUUAUUAUGGCUUGUUUUCUGCUUCACAACUAUGUGCGAGGUGCAAUGGAAACCGAUCCAAUCGAACUGGCAAAGGAUGGAGGCCAUAUUGAGCAUGAUUUAGAAGCUGAGGCUGUUGAAAAUGAGUUUGUUGAUACCGUAGAGCCUACAACAGAGUGGAAUUACUCAUCGAGAUGCAAAAUAAGUUUAUGA